AUGCCUACCGCGAAGAUUGCACUGUCCGCUAUGGGCGCGUGGGGGUUGUUCAUCGGCACGAUGCUGACGACCUUCCCCGCCAACAUCCUCGGCGCGUACGGCAUCGACUUCUUUGAGUGCCCGGCAAAGCAGCCUCGCGGCGCUCCGGUCUGCGACGAGGUCAAGCAGAAAUCGGUCGCCUACAACAUGUUCGCCAUCGCGGGGAUCCAAGCCAUCUUCACUGCUGCGCUAUGCAUCAACUUCGCCCGCGAGGGUGUCUCGCAAAAGGCGCAGUGGCACUCCAAGCCCUGUAUAGCGCAGCCACAAGCGCUCUCCCUCACACGCCGCUCGGAAGCACCCGCCUCCCAGGCAGCAGGCUCGCUCCGUCCU